GGCGGCAAUUAGCUUUCACCUCACUUCCCUAUCACUGCCUUCUAUAAAUACGAGAAGGAAAUCCAUCCAGGAAGUAAAGCCACUUACCUUGGGCAGAAUUGUAGAAAUCAGAAAAAAUUGUAGGGCAAAAGUGACCUUAGAAAUGGCGAACAAUGUCGGCGAUGGACAGGAAGAGAAGCAGCAGGGAAUUCCUCUGCUCACACCCUAUAAAUUGGGAACCUUUCAGUUAUCUCACAGAAUUGUAGAAAUCAGAAAAAUUUGUAGGGCAAAAGUAAGCUUAGAAAUGGCGAACAAUGUCGGCGAUAGACAGGAAGAGAAGCAGCAGGAAAUUCCUCUGCUCACACCCUAUAAAUUGGGAAACUUUCAGUUAUCUCACAGAAUUGUUUUGGCACCCCUGACAAGGCAGAGAUCUUAUGGCAAUGUUCCUCAGCCUCAUGCUAUUUUGUAUUACUCUCAGAGAACCACGAAAGGGGGUCUUCUAAUAGCAGAAGCCACAGGAGUUUCUGACACUGCCCAAGGAUAUCCCGAUACACCUGGUAUAUGGACAAAAGAGCAGGUCGAAGCCUGGAAACCCAUUGUAGACGCAGUGCACGCUAAAGGAGGUAUCUUUUUUUGCCAGCUUUGGCAUGUUGGCAGAGUUUCAAAUAAAGGUUUUCAGCCCAAUGGACAAGCACCUAUCUCCAGCACAGAUAAGUCAUUAACUCCCCAAAUUCGAGCCAACGGCAUUGAUGUAGCAGAGUUCACUCCUCCACGACGGUUAAGGACAGAUGAAAUCCCUCAAAUCAUCAAUGAUUUCAGACUUGCUGCAAGAAACGCUAUCGAAGCUGGUUUCGAUGGAGUGGAGAUCCACGGGGCUCACGGGUAUCUAAUAGACCAGUUCAUGAAAGAUGAAAUCAAUGACCGAACCGACCAAUACGGGGGCUCUCUGGAGAACCGAUGCAGAUUUGCUUUGGAAAUAGUGGAUGCUAUUGCAAAUGAGAUUGGGGCCGACAGAGUAGGGAUAAGGCUUUCUCCCUUUGCUAACUAUAUGGAAUCUGGAGACUCAAAUCCAAAGGCUUUGGGACUUUACAUGGCUGAAGCCUUGAACAAGUAUGGCAUUCUGUACUGCCAUAUGGUUGAGCCCAGAAUGAAAACAGUUGGGGAGAAGAGUGAAUGCCCAGACAGUCUUUUGCCCAUGAGGAAGGCAUUCAAGGGCACUUUCUUGGUUGCUGGUGGUUAUGACAGGGAAGACGGGAUCAAGGCGGUGGCCGAAAACCGAGGUGAUCUCGUCGUCUAUGGCCGCCUAUUCUUGGCCAACCCCGAUUUACCAAAGCGAUUUGAGCUCAACGCCCCUCUCAACAAGUAUAACAGAGACACAUUCUAUAUCUCGGAUCCCGUGGUUGGUUAUACGGACUAUCCAUUUCUUGAAACCGCUGCUUGAUAUGAUUCUAGGUGAGCCACGUGUAUCCCAAAUGUUGUAAUCACAAACUCUUAGUUGUAUCCGAUACUAUUGAGCACCAGUGUCGCCGACAAGCCCAACAAUAAUCUUUGCAAAUUUACAAUUUAGUUAUAAUAUUUGAAUAUUUUAUUA